AGUUCACUAGAUCUAUGCACUUCCGGAAAGAUGGCGGCAAAUUCUAAUGUUUCGAACGAACUGCAUUGCCUUAUCAAUCAGUGAUUGUGAUGCUGUUUAAUUAUUGGUUAGGCUACUGAAAGACUGACAAGUUGAUCAGUUGGUUAGGUCGAACCAUCAGGUGCUCCUUUAUGGUGAAGCACAGUUCCUUCAAGGCAGUAGGAACAGCCUUUUACUUUUAGCUCCAUGCAGUCUAUCGAGGCACUGGGUCAGCUACGAGCAGCGAGGGCUGGCAGACAGAAGGAGAGGGCCCAGUGUGAGGAGAUCAAGAGGCAGCUGGAGAAAAUAGUGGCUCUGAGGCGGGAGAAGGAAGAGCUGUGCGACCAUCUGCAGCGUCUGACGGAGGGAGACAGGAACGGGGGCCCGCUGGACACGUCUCAGGAUGCAUCUGUCUCCGAGUCGAGGAGUGCAUUGCGGGACCUGAAGGAGAAGAUUGCUGCCUGCAGAGUGAUGGGGCCGUGUGGUUUGACCGUCCUUGAGGUGGACUGGGACUGUCUGGUUGUUUCCUUCACAGGACUGUGGAAGAGUGUGGCCCAAAGCUUUGUGCUCAACAUUGCCUCCACUGACGGCCGCUACAAGGUGCGGGCCACGACUGUCCCGUACUUCAUCGACGUCCAUGCCAUGCUGGAGAAGACCAAGACCCCGGAGUGGAGCUCUGUCAUGGACGACAUCGCCCGACUGCUGUCUGCAUACGUGCAGCGCAAAGGAGAGCUGGAGGAGGUCAAGGCUAAGUACAAAGAUAUUUUGAGGGCUUGCUGUGUCAACGACGCGGUCACUUCCCUGGAGCUCUCCCUACUUCUAGCCGGGGAGGGACGGGACGCCUCGCAUGCUGGCUCACAGUCGCACGCUGCAUCACGGGAGGCCUGUGUCUAUCUCACCUAUCCUGACCUCAAGGCCACACAGCCGGCGCAGGCAGAGUUUACCGCAGAUGAGAGCGUCAUCCCGCCGUCACGGCAGCAACAACUGAGGGAACAGUUUCUCACCCAACCCCUGGCUGUGGCCUUGCUCAGUGUCGUGUCGGAGCGACCCGCGGCGCAGGAAGUGCACGAUGCUGGCGGGGAGUCUGAGCACGUGUGAUGGGUGACUGGUGAAACAUUUCUUUGUAUUAUGUGACUGUAGGGUGACUGGUGAAACAUUUCUUUGUAUUGUGUGACUGUAGGGUGAUGGGUGACUGGUGAAACAUUUCUUUGUAUCGUGUGACUGUAGGGUGAUGGGUGACUGGUGAAACAUUUCUUUGUAUUGUGUGACUGUAGGGUGAUGGGUGACUGGUGAAACAUUUCUUUGUAUUGUGUGACAGAAGGGUGACUGGUGAAACAUUUCUUUGUAUUAUGUAACUGUAGGGUGAUGGGUGACUGGUGAAACAUUUCUUUGUAUUGUGUGACUGUAGGGUGACUGGUGAAACAUUUCUUUGUAUUGUGUGACUGUAGGGUGAUGGGUGACUGGUGAAACAUUUCUUUGUAUUGUGUGACAGAAGGGUGACUGGUGAAACAUUUCUUUGUAUUAUGUAACUGUAGGGUGAUGGGUGACUGGUGAAACAUUUCUUUGUAUUGUGUGACUGUAGGGUGACUGGUGAAACAUUUCUUUGUAUUGUGUGACUGUAGGGUGAUGGGUGACUGGUGAAACAUUUCUUUGUAUCGUGUGACUGUAGGGUGAUGGGUGACUGGUGAAACAUUUCUUUGUAUUGUGUGACUGUAGGGUAAUGGGUGACUGCUUGCAGGUUGAUUGUCGGAGACAAUUGGAGGAUCUGGUACAACGUCCGCUGCUGCAGUCCAGCUCUCACGUUGUGACACAUAGCCCACAGGUUCUCAGGUCCUCAAUAUUUUCUUACACGAUAUUAUUCUUUGUUUGUCAAACAUGUACACAUGUGUGUUCUUUGUAUUUCAAACAUGUAAGUGUGUUCUUUGUAUUUCAAACAUGUAAGUGUGUACUUUGUAUUUCAAACAUGUAAGUGUGUACUUUGUAUUUCAAACAUGUACAUCAGGAAAUUUGUACAUAAUGAGAUCUCCAUGUCCCGCUGACUUGACUGUGUGCUGAGGGUGAGUGAGAGAGUGAGUGAGUGAGUGAGAGAAAUCUUGUUCAAGUAAUGGUGGAGCAACGGAGAAAUUGUUCAAAUAAUAGUGGAGACAGUGAGAAUUUGUGAAGUGACUGAGAUGUAGUGAGAUGUUUUCACAAGCCCUUUGGUGUAUAUCUGCUUGCGUCUUGAAAAUAAAAGACAUGAAAUAAA